AUGGCCGAAGCUGCUUUACACACUGAGACCACUUGCAAGAUUAGACAUGUACACAUCGAAUGCCCAGUCUGCCUGAGUCGGUUCACAGAUUCGAAAAUCCUGGACUGUCUUCACAGCUUCUGCUUACAAUGUCUUCAGGAACUUAUAGACAAACAGGAUCCGAAAACGGAUCUUAUUGUUUGCCCAAUAUGUAAAAAGGAAAUGUCAAUCCCAGAUGGGGGAUUGUCGGAUCUUCUUAGCUGCUUUUUCUUGAGCUCGCUUGUUGAUGACGUCAUUAAUCUUGAAGGUCCGAAGGAGGACAUUAACCCUCCUGUCUCGACAUGCGAAGGAUGCGACGAAGGUCUUGAAGCCGUCUCACGGUGUGUUGACUGUGAGGUGAAUUAUUGCAAGACAUGUCUGACAAUCCACGCAAAAUUAAAAAGUCACAGGCAUCAUCAAAUCGUUAAUGCUGUCGGUUCGUCAAUCGAGCGACCCAAAGACAAGAACAAAACUGAAACACCAAAGUGCCGGAAACACACUGACCAGAAACUGUGUUUCUAUUGCGACACGUGUGAAUUACUUGUGUGUCCUAAAUGUGCGGUGCUCGAUCACCGAGCGUCCAACCACAAUCUCUCUGAAAUCGAUUAUUCCAUUCGAUGUUAUCGUCGAGCUGUUGAUGAAACCUUGCAGAAGUUUGAUGAGUGUCGCAAGCAAUUCCAAAAAGUGGAUGACUCUAUCAAACACUCACAGCAAAGAUUACAGCUCAUGGUCGACCAGGCUCUUCUAGAUAUUGUGUCUAAGGAGGAAGAGGAAAUUACUAUUAAGAUAAGAAACGCAUCUCGCCUCCUUCAAGAAAGAGUCACUCAAAUCGGUCAAGAAAGAGGUAUGGUAUUUGAGAGCAUACAGAGCAGCAAUCACGAUAAGAUGAGCCGUGCAGAGCAGAUCGUAGCUUCAGUCAAUGACUUGAUGCAACAUGCUGAUAACUUUGAGCUGCUGGACCUCAAGCCAAAAGUUAUGCACAACUUAGACAUCCACAAAGAGCUUCAGUUUCAAACAGUGCAGCAUAGCAAGUCAUUCAUCGGGUUCAAAGGUCAUGAUAUCGUCACUGAUGCAGAUCUCGGUGAAAUACUAGAGGAAGAGAAGUGGGAGGUGAAGACAGAGUUUGGUAAAUGUGGGGGAGGUGAGGGGGAGUUCAAGUUGGCAAGGGACGUUGCUUGUUUUAGCAAUGGUGACAUUGUCGUUGUUGAUUCAACACGGUGUCUAUUAUCCACAUUUACAUCAAAGGGUAGUUACCAAUCUACAGGUGUUCAAAGUGGAACAGAGGACGGUAAACUAAAACAACCUUUUAAUGUCGCCGUGACCUCUGAUGACCUGCUUCUGGUUACUGACGGACAGGAUGUAAAGGUUUAUGAUAGAGAACUGAGAUACAUACGUCAGUUCCGACCCUCACAGAAUCAAGUCGAGGGGCAGUCAGAGAGUCUACUUCGUGGUAUUGCUGUGGACAAGAAAGAUCGGAUUGCAGUGGCUGACUGUAAGAGAAAGGUAAUAUCUCUGCAUAAUAUGGAUGGAUCAAUCUUGUCCACAAUACAUCAUGAUAUUAGUAACUACUGCCAGUUAUCUGUAAGCAGCAAGGAGCGUCUGAUCUUCACAAACUACGACGAGAUGAAACUAGUUAUGGUGGAUUUCAUGGGAAACGAGGUGUUCAAUAUCAGCACCUCCAUUGACGGCAAACCUUUAAGAUCGUUUGGUGUGUGCUGCGACGAUGAUGGGGACAUCUAUGUGUCUGUUUAUUGUGGUGGCUAUGGAACCAAUGAGAUAAAUCAUUACGAUGCAUCAGGUGAGCACAUCGGCUGUGUAGCUCGUGGCUUGUACUGUCCUCUAGGCAUGACGUUUACUCCUACCGGUGACCUCAUCGUGGCUGAGAGGUACUCCGUCAAGGUCUUGCAUCGUCUGUGA